AAUUUAUCUGUUUUGAUACAAACUAAGAUUUCAGCAGAACUCCUUUAGUACGUUUUGAUCUUCAUAAUGCGAUAGGAAACCAGACCGUACGCCAUGACUAUAGUGUGUUUAUUACCAGUGUUAUUUUGGACUUCAUUGACAACUUUUAGUUUGGUUUACGGACAAGCUACAAUUCCAGAGGAGGAAAUAUUAAAGUUGAUUUUAAGCAACUAUAACGAUAAAGCACGACCAGGGACAGUUACCACACCAACAGUCAGAGUUGAUCACACACUGUCACUCCUCAGAAUAGUGGAAUUUGGAAAGAAGACACUAACAGCAGAAGUAUGGCAGGCGUUACAUUGGAAGGAUCCUCGACUAACAUGGACUCCAAGAAGUUACCAUGGGUUGCAGUCACUCAGUAUUCCAGCAGAUAGCGUGUGGUUACCCGAUGUUGUCCUCUACAACAAUGGAGGUAGUGAACAAGGUCAAAUGAGCAAUGUCAGAGCUACAGUAUAUUACCAUGGUAUGGUCUACUUGGUGAUUCCUUCUCGAAUAGUCAGCUACUGUGACAGCAGUACUCCGAAUGAACAAGGGGACGUAAUCUGCCAAUGGAAAUUCGGAUCGUGGACUAACAAUGGUUUGAAGGUGAAUCUUACAAAUUCUAGACCCCCUGACGUGUCAAACUACGAAGUGAAUUCGGCUGUUGACGUAUUGAAAGUUGAUUCAACACGGAAUGAGAUAUUCUACGAAUGUUGUCCAGAACCAUAUCCUGAUAUCACUUACAAACUCACUCUUAAACGUAAGCAGUAAAAUGGAGGAUAGAAGAGAAGUCGUGGUUCAGAAUGAUUAAUUGCGUACGAGAUCAGUGAAGAUAGGACAUAAAUAAAACUUUUGCAACAUG